CAGCAGCAGCUAUGUUCUGGAAGUUUGACCUGCACACGUCGUCCCAGCUAGAGGCCCUGCUGGAGAAGGAUGAUGUCACACUCACUGAGCUCAUGGAGGAGGAGGACGUACUGCAGGAGUGCAAGGCCCAGAACCGCAGGUUAGCCUUUAGCAUUAACACCUGCCAUAGAAAGCACACUGUUUAUUAGCAUAAGUUUUAGCAUUUCCAAUAGGAAAUGGUGUCAUGCUAAUGCUAACGAGUGUCUCUUGGCUCCUCUCUGGGCCCAAGGCUGCUGGUCUUCCUGUCCCAGGACACCUGCAUGCAGGAGCUGCUGCACCUCAUCACCACAGAGCCCCCUGCUGGCCUGGAAGAAACAAGACGUUUUAAGUGAGUACAUUUACAUUUUAGUCAUUUAGCAGACGCUCUUAUCCAGAGCGACUUACAGGAGCAAUUAGGGUUAAGUGCCUUGCUCAAGGGCACAUCGACAGAUUUUUCACCUAGUCGGCUCGGGGAUUAGAACCAGAGACCUUUCGGUUACUGGCACAACGCUCUUAACCACUAAGCUACCUGCCACCCUAACAAGACACUAGUGAUCACCCUUGUGCAGAAAAUAUAAUUGACUUAUUCAAAUAAUAUUCGCUGAGGCUGAUUUUUUUUUUCAUCACUCACAGCCAAAGAUGUUAACAUUUUAUAUUAAUUCAAUGUCAGCCAUGUUUUCACCUCCACAAUUGCAGCAUUCAUCAAAGAACAGUAGCAUUGAUGAAGUGAAUUUCGUUUCUCCAUCCAACAUACAGGUCAGACGUGCACCAACCACUCCAUCGAUGUCUUCAGUAAUAUCCUCUGCCUUUAUUUCUUGCGCCACCCCAGAAAUAACCCCCUUGAUAUGCGCCCGGUUACGAAAACCCAUGCAGGAAACAUUCCACUCCGAUAUCUUUGAAUCUUAAAACACGCUUCUUCUGCUCCGCAGACACACACAUCUAAAUAAAACCACUUCUUGUGACUCACGGACUCCACACUUUCCUCCAACACAUUCCAGAUUUUCCUCGAGACAUUAAACGGAUUUCCCAAAUAGCAUUGAUCCAAAACCCUCACUGCGACUAAACGAAUCGUGGUUUGAUAUUUUCCACCACAGCUUUACUUCUCCUUUCCUUUGUUCUUCACCCCUGUAACCCACUCAUUCUCACUUUCUGUACUAUUAGCUUCACCCGACUGACUAGACCAGGGAUCAUCAACUAGAUUCAGUCGCGGGCAGAUUUUUUUCUUGAGUGGGUGUUUGGGGGGCCGGAACAUAAUUAUAAAUAAUUUAUAGACCACAAGAAACCCAAACAGAUAUAAUAUUUCACUAAAAGUUAACCAUUUCAAACCUUGCUUACAUUUACAGUGAGGGAAAAAAGUAUUUGAUCCCCUGCUGAUUUUGUACGUUUGCCCACUGACAAAGACAUGAUCAGUCUAUAAUUUUAAUGGUAGGUUUAUUUGAACAGUGAGAGACAGAAUAACAACAACAAAAAUCCAGAAAAAUGCAUGUAAAAAAUGUUAUAAAUUGAUUUGCAUUUUAAUGCGGGAAAUAAGUAUUUGACCCCUCUGCAAAACAUGACUUAGUACUUGGUGAUAAAACCCUUGUUGGCAAUCACAGAGGUCAGACGUUUCUUGUAGUUGGCCACCAGGUUUGCACACAUCUCAGGAGGGAUUUUGUCCCACUCCUCUUUGCAGAUCUUCUACAAGUCUUUAAGGUUUCGAGGCUGACGUUUGGCAACUCGAACCUUCAGCUCCCUCCACAGAUUUUCUAUGGGAUUAAGGUCUGGAGACUGGCUAGGCCACUCCAGGACCUUAAUGUGCCUCUUCUUGAGCCACUCCUUUGUUGCCUUGGCCAUGUGUUUUGGGUCAUUGUCAUGCUGGAAUACCCAUCCACGACCCAUUUUUAAUGCCCUGGCUGAGGGAAGGAGGUUCUCAGCCAAGAUUUGACGGUACAUGGCCCCGUCCAUCGUCCCUUUGAUGCAGUGAAGUUGUCCUGUCCCCUUAGCAGAAAAACACCCCCAAAGCAUAAUGUUUCCACCUCCGUGUUUGACAGUGGGGAUGAUGUUCUUGGGGUCAUAGGAAGCUGGAGACUAACUCCCUCACUAACUUUAAGCAUCAGUUGUCAGAGCACCUUACCGAUCACUGCACCUGUACACAGCCCAUCUGAAAUUAGCCCACCCAACUACCUCAUCCCUAUAUUGUUAUUUAUUUUGCUCAUUUGCACCCCAGUAUCUCUAUUUGCACAUAAUCUCUUGCACAUCUAUCAUUCCAGUGUUAAUACGAAAUUGUAAUUAUUUUGUACUAUGGCCUAUUUAUUGCCUUACCUCCAUAACUUGUACACACUGUAUAUAUAUUUUCUGUUGUAUUUUUUGACUUUAUGUUUUGUUUUACCCCAUAUGUAACUCUGUGUUGUUGUUUUUAUCGCACUGCUUUGCUUUAUCUUGGCCAGGUCGCAGUUGUAAAUGAGAACUUGUUCUCAACCGGAAAUAAAGGUGAAAUAAAUUUUUUUUAUAAAAACACACACAGUCAGUCAGUCAGUGGGAAACUUUGCUGAGUGUGUGUUCCAGGCACCCUAACAUAGCGUGUGAGCUGCUGACGAGUGAUGUGGGAGUGAUAAAUGAUAAGCUGGGUGGAGAGAAGCCCCUGCUGGAUACCCUGUACUCUUUCCUGGAGCAGCCACCUCCCCUCAACCCCCUUCUCGCGUCCUUCUUCAGCAAGACCAUCGGAAACCUCAUCACACGCAAGACCGAACAGGUACAGUAACACCAACUCUCACACACAGUUGAUCGUUUUAUUCUGGUUGUGUUGUAGUUUCAUUGUGGCUGUGAUUCAUUUUCUGCAGAAGAAGGAAUGUUUCCUCUCUUUAGUGUAGAGCCCUAUAAAAUCUGCGUUGUGGAAAACACGCACGGAAUCACGGAAUCCAGACAUUAAAACAGAAUUCAACAAUAUUCCAAAUGUAUUGCACUUAGUAGGAAAUCAACUAAAUGUAUUGAACUUAUUAGAAAAUGCAUCAGUGAUUCGUAUUUUCCUGCAACUUUCUGAAACGGCACAGGUGUGUUUGUGUGUGUGCUGCGGUGCACUGCGCUGCGCACCAGGGCUUCUGGCCGCUAGCCGGUAAUAGCAGGCUUCUGGCCGUAAAGAAAGUAAUAGAUAAGCCAAUAAAUAGAAUUGGUACCGGCCAAUUGACCGGGAGAAGAAUAAAUAAUCCUAUUGCGAAAUAAUGCUCAUUCAUAUGUAGCCUAGGCCUAUAGGUUGUAUGAAUUUGGGAAAUACCGUCCCACAACUGUCCCAGAGUCUGUUUGGGCUAUUUCUUUCUCGACAAGCUGACCAAUAGAAUAGGUAAACUUUUCUACUAUGGUGGAUAGUAGAUUGACAUAGGCUCACAAGCAGCACCUCCAUAAGGCUAGGGGAAGCUUUCCUUAAGUAAAUUGAAUUAAAUUGCCAAAAUUAUAUAGGCUAACUAGCCUACUCCUGUGUCUACAGAAAUAUAUAAAAUCAUUCAAAAUAAGCUACUAAAGCAUGAUUUGGCCAAAGAGGAUCAUUAGCUUCCCUAGCCUUAAAAAAAUAUUAUAAUUGUGGAUUGUUUAAAUCGCAUUGCCUACAGUCGGCAGGAAAGACAGCUCGCGCAAUUUGGGCAGCACACGGGCAAAUACCAAAUAGAUGAUUGUUGAAUUGCGACUGUCAGUGAAAAGUAGAGGCCCAGCCAGGCAUAUCGCAAUAUUUCAAAAUUCAAUCGCGGGAAAACAUCGUUUGGAAAGCAAAUGGCUAUUGCUGUAAAGGGAAGACAAUGAAAAUACUAAUCUGUCUUUUAGUUAUCAAAAUUCUUAACUUAAUUGAGCGAACAACAGUAGGCCUAUAGCUUAUCUUAUUGGCACCAGCGGAGAGCGGCCAUAUCCCCGGUGAGUGUGCACUGCUCAUAUUCACUCUUUAUUAUUGUUGGGUCAGUGCCACUUAAAAGUUUGUUUUUGGACAAUCAUUUCCUCCUCCAGUUUAGAUGGACGUCAUAUUCUAUUUGUUUCUCCCCUUCUCGUAGGCCUAUUAUAUGGACAACGUUGUUUUUAUUGAUUUGUUUGUCAGUGUCCGCAGAGUAGGCUACCCUGUAAUUUGUCGUAUUAAAAAAGAUUCUGCUAAUGUCUCCAGUCAUAUAAAGUGUAGUAGAAUUGCAUGAAAUGUGUUUUUCCCAUGCAAAGAAAGAAGAACCAUAGCUGAUAUCGCCCAGGCCUCUACGCUAUACGCGCUCAGCCAUGCAUUAAAUACUAUUUAAUGCGAACAGUGAUUGAGUUAUAUUAUCAGCCUAAAUUAUGACUAUCCAAUAUACUCAUCACAUGACGAAUAGUAGACUAUCUUACAUAAGUCUGCAAAUGCAAUAAUGCAUGCAAUGCUUUAUUAUAAAGGUUAAUUACUUCCCCAAACUUGAAACUCACGCGCCGCCUAUGCAUAGGCUAGUGAUUUUGCUGUUCGUUACUUGUCUUGUUGGCUGAGAAAAGUAAAUGUAGACAGUUAUUCUAACUUCUUCAAAGUGUGCGGUAAGAACACACGUCAUUUCAUCCUCGACUUGCAUGUUCUGUUAAGAUUAAUUACCAUAAUCUAAAUGUGAUUUCUGUCAUUCUGAGCACCCUAAUCAGGUUACGCACCCAAUGCAUAUGGGUUCGGUAAAUUUCUCAAAAGUUCGGCAAAUUUAAAAUGUUGCUGGUCAAAUGUCCGGCGCCACAUUUUCAUAAUGGAAACCCUGCUUAUGUCUACACUAUGUGUAGCCGUUAGUGAUGAUGCUAAUGUAACUUUCUUCUGGUAGAAAUGGAAAGGCUUUCUCAAAAACCUUCUCAAUUAAAUAUGAAUUACAAAGUAGCCUAUGCCUACCUGGCAGAAUUAUAUAAUGAUUAAUUGCAUCAAUCCAGUGGCCAUUUGUUUUCCAAUCUCUGCAAUCACAUGAAUCUGUUUUAUUUUUUGCCUGAUUCCGUUUUGUUUUUCCAGGUUUCCGUUAUUCCCAGUUUUCACUCUCAAAAUCAAAGUCUACAAUAAUGCUUAAAAUGCAUCAGGAGACCAGUUUAGAGGUGUAACAAAAAAAAAAAAUGUAUUUUAGGGUGUAGUUACACUUUAAUGCAAGUGCAAACCAGCAAGAGACUGUUGUUUGGUUGUUCUCUACCAGAAGAAAGUUCUCAUUAGCAUCAUCACUAACGGCUACACAAAGCUACAGAAAAUUGCUAACCAAACAACCAUCUCUUGCUGGUGUGCACUUGCAUUAAAGUGUAACUACACCCCAAAAUACACAUUUCAUUUUUUCCCCCCAGACCUAAAGUGAUCUCCUGAUGCCUUUUAAGCAUUGUUGUGGACUUCGAACAUCCGGUUUAGUUUUUUUUCUAUAAAAAGUUUGGUUUUGAGAGUGAAAACUAGGAAAAAAGGAAACCUGGAAAAACAAAACAGAAUUUGGGAAAAACUAAAUGGAAUCAGGCAAAAAAUUUAACACAUUUUAUAGGGCCCUACUUGGGUAGAUAAUAUUGGUUGUAAUAAUUUUGUUGUAUGAUGUAAUAGCCUAUAUUGUUGUAUGAUCAUUGAAUUUUGGUCUUUAGAUGAUCUGGUUGACAGGUAGUUGUGUUGUGGUCUCUAGGUGAUCUCCUUUCUGCGGGGAAAGGAGGGUUUCCUGGGUCUGGUCCUGAAUCACAUCAACACAUCAGCCAUGAUGGACCUCCUGCUACGCCUCAUCAGCUGUGUAGAACCUGCUCCUCUCAGACAGGACACACUCAACGUACGACACACACACACACACACACACACACACACACACACCCUCAGUGUGUGGUAAAGUAUGUAAUAGUGUUUUUGUGUUCCCUCUGCAGUGGUUAAAUGAAGAGCGGCUGGCCCAGAGGCUUAUAGAGCUAAUCCACCCUGGGAAAGACGAGGAGGUAAGACCGACACACACCCACUCUACUGAUGACUAGAGAGUGCUGUCAGAGGUGUAACGCCAGCCGUGUGUGUGUUUCAGAAACAGUCAAAUGCAUCCCAGACUGUGUGUGACAUCAUCCGUCUGAGCAGAGACCAGGCCAAUCAGCUCCAAGAGAACUCUGAGGCUGACCCUCUGCUCGCCGUGCUGGAGUCGUAAGUCACACUUACACACACACACAUACACACACACACACACACACACACCUACCUAUAAUGUCCUGUGUGUUCCUGCAGGCAGGAGUGUGUGGGUCAGCUGCUGGACAACAUGUUUGUGGGCGAGAGGACAGAGAGCUGCAUCAUCUACGGAACUCAAGUCCUUCUCACCUUACUGGAAAUCAGGAGGCCAGGGUGGGUGUUCUAUUCUCGCAUACCUAAAAAGCCCCUAGAGAUCGCCAGCUUGCAGUCCUAGAAAAGGGAAAUGAGUUAGCAUUUUCUACCUCUGUUUCUGGUUCAUUCCUUUGGGGGAAAUGAAUGGGGUUUUGGGAUAUGCGCUGAAAGUAAGGUCCGAGGUAACUCAGGCUUAGGAGAUCUUAUACGUUUUGUUCUAUGAGAUAAUAUCAGUCAGUUAACAUGACCUUUAUGAAUUAUGAAGCCUUUAUGUGCUUGUUUUGAUUACAUAAAUGCUUCAAAAUCCACAUAAAGUGAUGUUGGCUGAUGAUGAUUUCAUAGAACAAGACAUAUAAGAUCUCUUAAAGGGUAGGUAGCAUAAGCGUAACCACAUGUGACAUGGAUUUCCAGUAGUAUACGCGUCAAAAGUCCUAAUGCAAAGUUACACCUCACUUUUCAAUUUUUCGAGUUAUUACAUAAAACCGAUCAGAAUGCCGAAGUAAUGUCGGAAAAUGUUUUUGGAGGAUGUGACGUAAUAUGGAGGACCCGGCAAGCCAGCCUAUUCCCUAUCAUGUAAACUCCCAACAGAAAUAACGUCAAAUGUAUAACUUCAAAUUAUUUGCACUCAUGACUACUUGAUUCAAUGUAAUUGUCUGCCAUUUUACAAGCAAAUACUUAAUUACUGUAUUGUUACAAGUAUGAAAAUGUAUGCACUCACUAACUGUAAGUCACUCUGGAUAAGAGCAUCUGCUAAAUGACGUAAAUGUAAACUAAGUUACUAAGUCUUUGACCACACCAUGUUGUUACAUUGGCGAGUAAAAACUCAUGCUUCCUACCCUUUAAGCCUGUGUUUACCACAGACCUUUUUUUCUGAGUUUAUUCAAAAACCACCUUAAUUUCCUAAUAGGCUUUGGCCAACGAGCCAUGGCGGAGUUAGCCUCUGUUAUUGCCUACAAAAAGACACCAUUACUAUUGCUCUGUAUUAGAUAGGAUGCAUAGGAAUGUGGUCACAGCCCCUCUUUGGUUCCACUGCACACACACCUCUUAUGACAGGAAGUAAUUUCUCAAAAGCUACUGCCCAUGGAUAGGGGGUGUAAAUGGAAAAGUUGUGACUGAUCUAGAUGCGUAUCUAAAGAUGCCCAUCUUACCUGUGUGUGUGUUUCAGGGUGGAGGGUGUGUUGGAUGUGUGUGUUCAGGGACAUGAGAGGUGUGUCAACAGCAGCAUCCUGCAGGCCAUCCAACCCCACCUCACACACUACCACCAACUACUGCUGGAUCCACCCAGGGUAAACUCGCACACGCACGCACACACACACACACACCUUCAACAAACAUACAUCCUGUAUUCUCUGACUUAAUCACCCAUACAGUCUUGCGCUGUUAUGCCAUGUAUAGUUUCAGAGCUGUAAUGUCAGCUAUUCAACACAUCCUAAAACUCAAUGAUGUGUGUGUGUGUGUGUGUGUAGGUGACCCCCAUGCUUACCAGUCUAGGUGUGUUGGAGGUGCCACUGGGUAACUGUCGUCUCCAUGUGGCCAGACUGAUGGCCUCGCUGCUACAGACCACUAACACCAGUUAUUACACCUGUUGUAACAACACCAUUUAUAACAACACCGUCACACUGGAGCUCUGCAGACUCAACACCAUAAACAUUCUACUGGUCAGUACACGCACACCAUGUCCUGGUUUGUAUACACCUUUACAUCUUUUAUCCGUUAACUUGUUUUUGUUGUGUUGCAGGACCUGUUCUUUAAGUACACCUGGAACAACUUCCUGCACUUCCAAGUGGAGCUGUGUGUGGCAGCCAUCCUCAGCCACUCUGCCCAGGAGCAGAGGCCCCUGGUCGCCCUGGUUACCCAGGAAAAGCCCAGGCUUCAGCAGGAGCCCCAGGAGAAGCAGGCCUCGCCUGGCCCCACCCCCCCACUGCCCUCUGUUCCUCCUGACAUCUCCACACAUAACCCACUGGUGACCCAUGUACGUGUCUGUCUGUCUGUCUCUCUAUCUCUGCCUGCCUGUGUGUCUCUGUAACAUUCUCUCUCUCUUUCUCUCCAUCUGUAGUUGUUUCAGGACUGUCGUCUGGUUCAGAGGAUAUUGGAGGCCUGGGAGGAGAAUGAUAAGAUUCAGUAAGACACAAAAAACUGUUAAACAGAUAAACAAUUCAGCUAUUUUUGCACCUGUUUUGUCAUCUGUGAUUGGUGUGUUAUAGUGUGUCACGAGUGUAGUGUGUUAACGUUUAUAAAUGUAAUUGUGUGUGUUACAUAUUGGCACAAACGUGUGUGUGUGUGUGUUCUCAGGGCGGAGGGGGGUAUGAGGAGAGGCUACAUGGGUCACCUGACUAGGAUCGCCAAUACUGUAGUCUGUAACAUGGAGAAAGGACCGGUACACACCCAGAUCAGCAGCCUCAUUACAGGUAGGGCUGUGUGAGUUACUUAGGGUUACGGACAUAAAAAGCCUAGUGUAGAAUAACUGUCUGUGUAUGUGUAAAGAUGUCUCUACUGUGAAUGUCUGUGUGUUGCAGAGCUGCUUGAGGAUUGCAAGGGGCGCUGGGAGACCUUUGUAGACCAGGACCUGACAGAGAUCAACAGGAAGAACACUGUAGACCUGGUACACACACCUGCUCACACACACACACACACACACACACACACACACCUGCUCACACACACACACACCAUCAAAUACAUACACACGUAAAACCCCUGGCCUCUGUGUGUUCCAGGUGUCUCACAACCUGCGCUCCUCCAGUGAAGACGAUGACAGACAGAGUCCCUUCCCCAAAGAGCUGUCACUGCAACAAGUACACACACACACGCAUGUAUUUACAGAUAGUCAUCUACUGCUCCUACUCUGUCCUGGUAACUACCAUAAUCCAGUUCUGUUUUCUAUGGCUGCUAUCUUCCAGACAUUCUCAGACUAUCAGAUCCAGCAGAUGACUGCUAACUUUGUGGAUCAGUUUGGCUUCAAUGACGACGAGUUCUCAGAACACGGCGACAACAUCAAGUAAGACACACCUACAGCAUCAAGUAAGUCCUCUAAGUGGUUCUGACUUGAUUGUGACUGUGUAUGUUAUGUGCUGCAGCGCCACCUUUGACCGGAUCGCAGAGAUUAACUUCAAUGUGGACACAGAGGACACCGUAAGUGACUGAGUCCAUAGCCUCUAUCUCCUAGGAGCUUCCAUUUAAAAUUAAUUGUCUGAGUCAUUACCUAAACUGGUCAACGAGUACAGUAAUGCAGGGAAUCUAUAUGCCUACAUUGUGGUGUGUGUGCGUGCAUGUGCAGGCUAAGACUGUGGCGUUUGAGGCCUGCACUAAGGAGAAGAUCCAGUCGUUUGAUGACAACGAAGAGGAAGAUAUCUGGGAGGAGAGAGAGAUCAACUAUACUACACACACCAGGUCCAGGACCAGGUAUACAAACACACUUAGAUUAACAAUACAACACACCAGGUCUAGGACCAGGUAUACAAACACACUUAGAUUAACAAUACAACACACCAGGUCUAGGACCAGGUAUACAAACACACUUAGAUUAACAAUACAACACACCAGGUCUAGGACCAGGUAUACAAACACACUUAGAUUAACAAUACAACACACCAGGUCUAGGACCAGGUAUACAAACACACUUAGAUUAACAAUACAACACACCAGGUCUAGGACCAGGUAUACAAACACACUUAGAUUAACAAUACAACACACCAAGUCCAGGUCCAGGACCAGGUAUACAAACACACUUAGAUUAACAAUACAACACACCAGGACCAGGUAUACAAACACACUUAGAUUAACAAUACAACACACCAAGUCCAGGUCCAGGACCAGGUAUACAAACACACUUAGAUUAACAAUACAACACACCAGGUCCAGGACCAGGUAUACAAACACACUUAGAUUAACAAUACAACACACCAGGUCCAGGACCAGGUAUACAAACACACUUAGAUUAACAAUACAACACACCAGGUCCAGGACCAGGUACACACACACACACACACACACAUAACGCUCUCUCUCUUGCUCUCUCAGGUUUGGGGGGUCGCGGACGUCUGUUGGAUCGGCUCAGAGUGAUGGGGUGAGCGAUACUCCUGAUAGGUCAACAGGUUCUGACACUGAGGAGUGGGAGGUGCCUAAUGAGUUCACAGGUCAGACAGAACACAGCAAGAACAUCAGCCAGACUGAGACUGCACAGAGUAAGGACGACUAUUUGAACCCAGGUCUGCUUGUGUGUGGGUAUUUCAUGUUUGCUGUGAGCUGUUUUUGUUUGUGGGAUGUUUUUGUGGUUGUAUGUGGUUAGUUUUCUUUGGUUGUGUGUUGCUGUGGUAGUCGAUGCUAAUGUUUCUGGUUCUGCUUGUUUUGUUUGUGUGUGUCUGGUCCUCAGCUCUGAGUUGUAAUUUUUCCUCAGGCCCUGGCUGGGCGGCUAGUUUCGGGGAGGUGAACUCUAAGGCCCCCUCUCCUGGAGUGGGCGUGGAUCCAUGGGCUAAUCCCACCCCCAAGCCUGGAGUGGGUGUAGACCCAUGGGGUAGCCCUGCCCCCACACCUGGAGUGGGCGUAGACCCAUGGGGUAGCCCCGCUUCUAAGUCCGGAGUGGGCAUGGAUCCAUGGACUAGCCCCACUCCCAAGUCUGAAGUGGGCGUAGACUCAUGGGACACCCCUGCCCCCAAGUCAGGAGUUGGCGUGGACGCAUGGGGCAGCCCCACCCCCCAGCCCGUAACCACAGAGGCAGAGAAGGGCUGGGCCAAGUUCACUGACUUUCAGCCCUUCUGCUGGUGAGUGUAGUCAUGUGUCAGUCUGUCUUUAUGAACAUUCUGCUGCUCAUCUAUACGUUUAUAUUCGUGUGUGUGUAUUCAGUUCAGAGACAGGUCCGAGGUGCACUUCUCCAGUAGACUCAGAGAUCUGUGGGUCAGACAAAACAAAACCCAGCCAGGACAAGAACUGUAAGUCUGUGUGUUCUCCCUGCAUUGUGUGUGUGUAUAUAACCGUGUGUGUGUGUGUGUGUGUGUGUGUGAAUAACCGUGUGUGUGUUUUCUCUGCAGCGUGUGUGUGGAGUGUGUGUGUGGCGAGGAAGGCUCCCCUGGUAGCAUCAGACAGCUCUUCAUCAGGAGGCUCAGAAAGUGAUGAAGAGGAGGACAAGACUGAAUCUGUUACUAUGGAGACGGUAUCCAAGGAAAUGGUCACUACAGAGACCGUUGUCACAACCGCCGGACGGGAGACCAUCAGACUUAGCAUGGACGCCAAGAACGAGAGAGCUGUCUUCACCAGGUACACACACACAAACACACUCUCUUCUCAGUAGUGCAGUAUAUUCCACUCCCUGCCUUACUGUCCACACCACUCCUCUCAUCUUACCUUCUCUCUUUUCCUCUCUCCUUCCCUCCCACUUUCCAAAUCUGUCCUCCCACCUCGUUUCCUCUCCUCCUCCUCUUCCUCCUCUUUUCCCCAUUUCCUGUCCUGUCCUUCUGUUCCUCUUCUCUUUCCUCCACUCCCACAUUCCCUUCCAUCUUCUCUCCUCCACUUCUGAAUUUCCUCUCCUCUCCAGAGUGUUUCAUCCUGCAGUCAGAGGGUAUGUAGUGUAUGAGGUCUCUAGCCAUCGAGUGUGUUACCUGUGGCGUUUUGUUGCCUUGGGAGUGUGUUACAGAGUGUACAGCACUUUGCAGAGCAAAACCCAAUGGAAACAUAGCCACAGGUGACAUCUGCUAACAUAAAAAAAGUUAAUAUAAAAAUGUUUUUAGUGUCACAUACGCCGGAUAGGUGCAGUGAAAUGUGUUGUUUUACAGGUUCAGGCAUAGUAGUAUGGCGCCCCUGGAGCAAAUUAGGGUUAACUGCCUUGCUCAAGGGAACAUCGACCAAUUUUUCACCUUGUUGGCUCAGGUAUUCGAACCAGCGACCUUUCGGUUAUUGGCCCAACGCUCUAAUCGCUAGGCUACCUGCCACCCUAUUAGCAGUGAAUGGACUGCAGUUCUGCUGUUGAUAACGUCAAACCAAGGCAUUGAGCAUUGUGUUCAGCUGCAUGAUAACUAACUGUAUGUUUUUGACCUUCGACCUUUGGCUGGCCAUCCCUACAUUCCUCUCUGACCCUAUGACUAUGCCUCUCUACUCUAGGUCUAUGCUGAGUUCUGAUGGGUCUACUAGGGGCAAAUCCAAAAGCGCUUAAGUCCUAUAUAGUGCACUACUUUUGGCCAGAACCACAUAGGGCUGCCACAUAGGGCUCUAGACAAUAAUAGUGCCCUAUACAGGGAAUAGGGUACGAUUUGAGACAACCAAUAUGUUAUUAGUUAUGUCUUUCUACUCUUACAGUGAGGCUGACAUGAGAGAGAAAGAGAAGAUGAAAGAGAGGGUGAUGGGUGGAGGAGACCCUCUCAAUGCCACCGCUGCUCCCCUCAAAAUUCGGCCUGCUACCGUCACA